GGUUGUAGUGAAGCUGUCAGAGAACAGAAGAGCUGCUGGAAAGAGAAACCGCUUCUUUUUAACGAUUUAUGAACCGGUUUCCGUUUGUUUUAAGUCUGAAAGUGGUUCUAUCUCAUCUAACAUGUGCAACCUUCAAAACACCCUGGAGCAGCUGGCUCAACCUGCACUAUCAAAAGAGCUAUACAUAUAGAAUCUGUCUGGAGCCACGAAACAUGUGAGCAUUGUGAUGAAGCAGGUGGCCCAGUUGGGCUGCAGGUAGCUGCUGCUGCUGCUGCUGCUGCUGCUGAUGAUGAAGGUGUUUCGCUGUGCGGCCCGUCAUGGCUACGCUGUGGAAGUGUCUCCGUUCGUCCCCAACAGAGUGGCCUGCGCUGCCUCCCAGUACUAUGGCAUAGCUGGUGGCGGCACCCUGCUGGUCCUGGAUGAGACGGAGACGGGGGUCGCUGUAGUGAGAAGCUGGGAGUGGGGUGACGGUCUGUUCGACGUAGCGUGGAGCGAAGCCAACGAGCACGUCAUGGUCGCCGGCGGCGGGGACGGCAGCCUGCAGCUGUGGGACACGGCCAAUCACAACGCUCCGCUGAGAGUGGCCAAAGAACACACACAAGAGGUGUACGCUGUAGACUGGAGUCAAACCAGAGGAGAGAACCUCAUCGUCUCUGGAUCGUGGGAUCAAACCGCUAAAGUGUGGGACCCCGCCCUCAGCCAAUCGCUGAGCACGCUCAGGGGUCAUGAAGGGGUCAUCUACAGCACCGUUUGGUCGCCUCACAUCCCAGGAUGCUUUGCUUCGGCCUCAGGCGACGGGACACUCAGAGUUUGGGAUGUGAAAAGCGCCGCGUGUCGAUUGGCCAUCCCGGCGCACAAGGCUGAGAUCCUCAGCUGUGAUUGGUGCAAAUAUGACCAGAAUAUCGUGGCCACCGGGUCAGUGGACUGCAGUGUGUGUGUGUGGGACCUGAGGAACGUCCGACAGCCUGUCAAUCAACUGCUGGGACACACCUACGCCAUCCGCAGAGUCAAGUUUUCUCCGUUCAGUAAGACGGUGGUGGCGUCCUGCUCGUACGACUUCACUGUCAGGUUCUGGGACUUCAGUGGGAAUCAGCCUCUUCUGGACACGGUGGAACAUCACUCAGAGUUUGUCUGUGGACUAGACUUCAACCUGCAUAUCCCCAACCAGGUGGUGGACUGUUCCUGGGAUGAGACGGUGAAGAUCUACACACCUGCCUGUCUGUCUGCUGGAACACACAAUACAGCAUCGUAGAACACACACACAGCACUGUACUUGUAUCGUUGUGAGGACACUCAUUGACAUAAUGCCUUCCCUAGCCCCUUACCCUAACCUUAACCAUCACCACUAAAUGCCCACAACUAACCAUAAAACCAAGUCUGAACCCUCAAACAAGUGAGGACCAAAACAACCUCACUUUACAAAAACGUCCUCACACUGAACGUCUAAAACUCAAACUGGUCCUCACAAAGGUAGUUGUACAAACACACACACACACACACACACACACACGUUUUUGCCUCGUUAAUUUGACUGAAAAGUGACUCUCACAGUGCCGGCAUCAAAGUAAAACCACAGCCUGUCUUUUCUUUACUUUUCUUCACUGUGAGUCACUUAAGAGUCUUUAAAGAGUCGUUCACAUCCACAAUGAACUUUAAACAAUUUUACUGCCAUGGGUUCAGGAAUAAGCACCAUUCCCGCUAAAACAUAAUAUUUAAUUAAAAUUAUGUUUCAGGGAGAAUAUGACAGGACAAUCUGUCUGAGUCAGCUCAGCAGGAGAUCAGCUGAGUGAUUGAUUGAUAACAUUAAAUGUUCACAUCGUGGCAGGGCUGGACUGGCCAUCUGGUAUACCGGGCACUUUCCCGGUGGGCCGACAUACCUUUUGGACCGAUGCAACUGUUCCUAUUUCUAUUGUUUGUUGGUUUAGUUUUUUUGUUUUUUUUUCUGUGGACGAGCCGACUCACGGCACGGGGGAGGAGAGUGAGAACGAGGGUGUUGUAAUUUAACAAUACAAUGUUGGCGUCCUUUUUAUAAAAUAGUUAGUGAACUGUUCGUCAUCGUGAAUGAAACACUACAGAAUAUGAUUUUACAGGGGAAACACUUCCAGAAGAGUUGGUGCUCAGAUGAAGGCUGUGAUAUCUGUAAAUAAUAAAUUCAUUAUUUAAAUAACCUAAUGGUCCCAAAUGAUGUGAAGUUGCGUAGUUUUAAGUCAAAAGUCAUAUUUCGUCAUAUCCGUUCUGUAUCCGUCAACCAAAACAAACCUCAGCGAGCCGAAACGAGAAAGUAGAAAACGUUGGAGGGUCUGCGUGGAUACGAGCUGCAUCCUCACAUGUUGAAUCCAAAGUGGUAAACAACUUUACCAUAACGGCUACGUGCCCCCACAAAGUGAUAAAUACACACACACACACACACACUUUCAUUUAAUUGCCAUACUGAAUCGAUUCAUAAUGUUUAAUUGAGUCUUAAUGAACAAGUUGUGUUGACUUCUCUGUGAAUGAAUUAUGUAAAUCAGGAUGUUUUCAGUGACUGAUCCAUAAUCUCCGUGUCAUUAUCUUCUUCUUCUUCUGUUAUCUCGCUGAGUUUCUGUUUAACUGGAUAAAAAAAAAAAUGUCAACUGUGACUAAUUUCACCACUGAAAUGUCAUCAGUGUAGAUAUGAUGAUCAUGUAUGAGCGGUGCCUUCAAUAAAGAUGUUGAUAUCAUCAAGAGAAA